AUGUCGUACCGUCAUUUAUUACGCCAAACACAAACCGACUCUGUCACAACGGGCAAUCCAAAUACGACAAAGAGGGCACCAUCGAACGCAUCAACCGCAUCAAGUGGCUAUUCCAACUCCUCUAGCAUUUAUGAAUCAAGUGGCGCAAGCAUACUGUCGUCAACGACGUCGAGUGAGUACGGAAGUCGUCGGAGGGGUUUGAGUGAAGCCGCCGGAAUGUACAGUUCUUCAGAAAAUCGCAACGGGAAAGGGAGCAUUGAGUCGAGUCCAGAUAGUGCGUACAAGAAUGCCAGAAAAUCUUUGCGACCACUCCCUCAACCUCCAGGUCAAAGUCCACCAGAAAGAGACAAAACCCCAGCCCAGCACAGUCGCGGAAAGAGUAUUGAUGUGAUCAGAAGUAAUUUUCAACCACAUUCUCGAACACAAAGUGUAGACGUGCAGAAGGGAUCCAUCAAACACCACAAUCGCGGAAAGAGCAUAGAUGUAUCCAAAUUGACAUUAUUUGAGUCUCCUGCCCAAUCGCCCAUAAGCCCCGCAACCAGUCCAACUCGCAGUUCGACGCGCCGUCCGCCUAUGGUUCGACCCAAUUCCAUGUUGUUGAGUCGUUCCGAUUCAAUUAGUGUUGGAGCAGGAGCUCUCUCAAAGCUUGGCCCACUGCAUAUCCAUUCACCUCUCACUAGGCCUGAGCUACAAAGCUUCGAGCGAUCCUCGACGAGUCAACUUCGAACCCUCUCAAAGUUCGCGCAAUCCGCAACCCCUGACGAUUUUACCAUCACAUCACCAGAACAAGAGGUAGCAGGAUUACAGGGACGACGUAGACUGCAGCGCAGCGCGAUUUCGAAGGAUAAGAAUGGCACCUUGAAUAAAUCUAUCGGCGGCUAUAGUUGGGAAGGCAGAAAUUGGAUGGACAAACAGCGACAAUUUUUACAGGCUUAUGAGUAUCUCUGUCAUAUAGGAGAAGCCAAGGAAUGGAUUCAAGAUAUAUUAAAACGAGAAAUUCCUCCAACUGUGCAACUCGAACAAACCUUGAGAGACGGGUUACAUUGGCAGAGGAAUCCUAAACUACAAGCUCGACAUUGGGACAAUAUCGCCCAGUUCUUCCGAUUUCUGGAUGAGGUACAACUCCCCGAGCUUUUUCGAUUUGAACUUAUCGAUUUGUACGAGAAGAAGAAUAUUCCCAAAGUCAUUUAUUGUAUACACGCUUUGAGUUGGCUAUUAUUCAGAAAGGGAAUUGUGGACUUUCGAAUUGGUAAUCUUGUUGGACAACUGGAAUUUGAAGAUCAUGAAUUGGAAGAAAUGCAGAAAGGAUUAGAUAAAGCUGGAGUUAGUAUGCCAAGUUUUGGGAAUAUGGGAGCGGAUUUUGGAGUCCCAGAACCAGAGCCUGAACCUGAACCAGUCGAAACUGAGGAUGAGCGAAUUGAUCGAGAGCUCAGUGAGAACGAAGCGAUAAUCGUGGAGUUACAGGCACAAAUACGGGGGGCUUGUAUGCGAAUGCACCUAGGAAGAACAAUGCAAGGACUCUGGGACACCGAAGACUGGCUUGUUGAGCUUCAAUCGAUGAUCCGUGGCGACUUUACGCGACAAAUCGUAGAGUAUCGCUUAAAUAUGAAACGGUUCGCAGUGAACCUACAAAGCCAUGCACGUGGAUUUUUAGUACGAAAGAACCAAUCGAGUCAAGAGAAAUUCUGGCAAAGCCGUGAAGGGGAUGUACAGAAGAUUCAAAGCUUAUUCAGGGCCAAAAAGGUUGGACAACAAGUCCGAGAAGAGGUAUGCAUGAUGCGAUCAGCUUUGCAGCAGUCAGAAUUUGUUGUCAAAGAUUUUCAGUCAAGCAUUCGUGGAUUUCUUGCUCGAAAAGUUUUGGUGGCCCAGGAGAAGGAAGCCAAAUCUGUUAAUGUGUCAACCCCAGUGCUGAAUCUGCAAGCUGCGGUCAGGGGUAUGCUUGUGAGAAAGAAAAUGAUGGAGCAAGAAGAAGACAUGUCAACCCUUACUAUGUCAACCCCAGUGUUAGAUCUGCAAUCUGCAGUGAGGGGCAUGAUUGUGAGACAGAAGAUUUUGGCACAACAAACAGAGCUGAACUCUCUCACUGUAUCGGCCUCAGUUUCAGAUCUGCAAGCAGCAGUGAGGGGCAUGAUUGUGAGACAGAAGAUUCUGGCACAACAAACAGAGCUGAACUCUCUCACUGUAUCGGCCUCAGUUUCAGAUCUGCAAGCAGCAGUGAGGGGCAUGAUUGUGAGACAGAAGAUUCUGGCACAACAAACAGAGCUGAACUCUCUCACUGUAUCGGCCUCAGUUUCAGAUCUGCAAGCAGCAAUGAGGGGAAUGCUCGUGAGAAAAAUGAUGGUAGCUCAAGAAAGAGAAACAUCAUCCAAAGUUGUUUCAAUUCCAGUGUUAAACUUGCAGGCUGCAAUGAGGGGAAUGAUUCUCAGAAAAAAUGUUGCAGAUGACCAAGAAGACCUUUAUCGCGAGGAACCUUCAAUCACAGCUAUUCAAGGGUUUGCGAGGGCCUUGCUAACAAGAAACCAGAUCUCUCAACAGCAGGAAGCAUUGCAUGCAUGCACACCUAUCUGGGAAAAGCUUCAAGCAAUUACCAGGGCGGGUGCCCUUAGACUUGAAGUAUUUGAUACACAACAAGCUUUGAAGAGUCAUUCUGAAAGCAUAUCGAAUCUUCAAGCCUUUCUUCGUGCUGGAGCAGUUCGCCGUGAUGUCACAGAGACUUUGUCAGGUUUAGAAGAAGACGAAUCAUCAAUAGUAGAGCUUCAAAGUUUAAUUCGUGCAAUGCUUGUUAGACGCGCAAUUGAGGAUGAUUAUGACAUUCUUGUCACAGAGUACUCGACAAUCACGGACCUGCAAUCUAUGAUAAGAGCUGGUAUGGUUAGACAGAAAACGGAAAUGAUCUUGGAUGAUCUUCAGGCGAAUGAAGAAGAAAUCAUACAACUCCAGGCAUUGUCACGUGCUGUACUACUUCGUAACGAUAUUGAAGGGGUGUUGGGAGAAUUAGAAUCCGAAGAAGAUUUCAUUGUUGCAAUUCAAUCGGCAGCUAAAGCUUCCUUGGUCCGAGCCGCAUAUGUAGAGAAGCAGCGCUUCUUCAAGGAGAAUAUGGAAAAGGUUGUGAAGAUCCAAAGUUUCGUUCGUGGGCGUUUACAGGGUGAGGCUUACAAGAGCUUGACAACUGGAAAGAACCCCCCUGUCAACACCGUCAAGAACUUCGUUCAUCUACUCAAUGACAGUGAUUUCGAUUUCAAUGAGGAAAUUGAGUUCGAGCGUAUGCGAAAGACUGUUGUACAGCAAGUUCGUCAAAACGAGUUGGCAGAGCAAUAUAUCGAUCAAUUGGACAUCAAGAUUGCCCUUCUGGUGAAGAAUAAGAUUACACUGGAUGAGGUGGUCAAGCAUCAGCGAAAUUUUGGCGGACACUCAGGAAACAUCCUCGUAAAUAGCUCCAUGGCUUCAGGGAAUCAAUUUGAUCUGAAAGCGCUUAACAAGAAUUCGAGGAAGAAGCUUGAUUUGUAUCAACAACUCUUUUUCAACUUACAAACUCAAUCUCAGUACCUUGCCCGGUUGUUCCAAAUAAUUCGAGAACAGGGUACUGCCGAGAAAGACUGCAAACGCAUCGAAACCUUAAUGAUGGGUCUGUUUGGAUAUGCACAAAAGCGCCGUGAGGAGUACUACCUGCUCAAACUAAUUGCUCGCUCUGCUAGAGUAGAAAUCGAGCACUUCGCCUCGACGCAAGACCUACUCCGUGGCAAUUUCUUUUGGACGAAACUCCUCGCUAAUUACACCCGUUCUCCUCGUGAUCGAAAAUUCCUUCGUGAUCUGUUGGGUCCUCUCAUCACGGAAAAUAUUAUCGAGGAUCCCGCACUCGACCUUGAGAGUGAUCCAAUGCAAAUUUACCGCUCAGCUAUCAACAACGAAGAGCUUCGAACAGGUAGACCAAGCCAAAGAGCUUUGGAGAUUCCUCGAGAUCAAGCAAUCAAGGAUCCAGAAACUCGAGACAUGUUCAUUGAUCAUUUAAGAGACCUAAGAGAGAUUUCGGAUCUGUUCAUGCUUGCUUUAGAAAGUCUUUUGCAUAGAAUGCCUUAUGGUGUUCGCUUUAUUUGCCAACAAAUAUUCGAGGGGCUUUGCCAGCAAUUUCCACGAGAACCACAACUAAAUCUUCUACAAGUUGUUGGUAAUUGGUUCUUCAAGUUCUACCUAUUCCCAGCUUUGACCACUCCUGAGUCUAUGGGUGUAGUGGAAAGACAGCUCACCCCACUGCAAAAGCGCAAUUUAGGCGAAGUUGCCAAAGUCCUUGGCCAGAUCUCAUCUGGACGAUUGUUUGGUGGCGAGAACAUGUUCUUGCAGCCGUUGAAUGCCUACGUCACUGACGCCAUUACCAGAAUCACUGAAAUCUUUUCCAAUAUUAUCUCGGUGCCGGAUGCGGAAAGUACCUUCGAUAUUGACGAGUUUAAUGAUCUGUAUGCUCGUACGAAACCUACGCUUUACAUCAAGAUGGCCGAUAUUUUCGCAAUUCACAACCUCAUUUGCGAUGAUCUGCCACAAAUCUGUCCAAACCGCGAUGAUGUCCUUCGAGAAAUUAUUCAAGAACUCGGCAGUGCCAAGAACAAUGAGUCUGAGAUGUUAGGUGGCUCCUCUGGCGAAAUUCAAAUGACUUUGAGUCCCAAACUUCACGACAUGGACGAUCCCGAAGCUGAAGUGAAAGCACUCUUUAUGGAGACUAAGCGAUGUAUUCUGUAUAUCAUUCGAGUCCAAUCCGGUCCAAACCUCAUGGAAAUUUUGGUGAGACCGAUAACACCAGAGGAUGACCAAAAGUGGCAUGAUUUACUACGAGAGGAAUUCUCGGCAGACAGCAAGACUCGUGGAGCAUACUCUGAUGUCAAUACUUUAACAGACAUAAAAUCUAUGUCGUACUGGGAAUUGAAGAGGACUGCUCUGGAGAACAUCAUGAGACUCGAGCAACUUGGAAGGAUCUCAAGACAAAAUUUCUACCAGGACAUCCUAAAUGCUAUCGCUGUUGACAUUCGUACCAAAAGCAGACGUCGUGUUCAGAGACAAAGAGAAUUGGAAGGUGUUAAGAUGACAUUGGGAAAUUUGGGCGAGAAGGCGGAUUGGCUUGAGUCACAGAGAAAGAGUUACGAUAAUUAUAUCGAACAAGCUAUGAUGACUUUGCAGAAAAAAGGGAAAAAACGUUUCCUUAUGCCUUUCUCUAAACAAUACAACCACGAAAAGGAACUCGAGCGUACUGGUCGUACAUACAAAUUCGGCUCUUUUAAAUAUUCGGCUCGAACUUUAUCGGAUAAAGGUGUAUUGGUCGCUUGGAAAGGAUACCCCGAACGUGAAUGGGAUAAGAUCAAUCUUACAAUUUCAUGUGAUCAAGUUGGUGUAUUCUCCAUUGAGGGUAGCAAAGGCAGCAUUGUCAUUACUGGUGCAAUGGCUCAAGUUCCUAUGGACUCACUUCUUGCUGCACAAUUCGCAAACCAUCAGUAUAUGGAUAUGUUUGAGGGUGCAAUGAGGUUAAAUGUUAAUCUAUUCCUGCAUUUGUUGUACAGGAAGUUUUAUAGGACUGAGUAA